UUUCCCUCUACAAAAUGUGGCAAUGAACUUAUAAAUCAAGCUGUGCAUACUUUUUUCAUCGAGACCAUCUUAUUUCUUUUUUCUUGUCUCUAUUUGUAUACAAAAAUCUGAAGCAAUACAUAGAUAGAUUCAAAAAAAUUCACCAAUGGCUCAAGAGGGGCCUCUAUCUGCUGAACUUGAUAUGCUUAGUCAUGUUCUGAGGCUGGUGGAGGCUUUUCGGGCUUUCGACGCUGACAGUGAUGGCCAAAUUUCUGCAGCAGAGCUUGGUGGGAUCAUGGGAUCACUAGGAUACAAUCCAGCUGAGGCAGAUAUUCAGGCUAUGAUGCAAAAAGGUGACACUAACAAAGAUGGACUGCUAAGCAUUACAGAGUUUCUUGAUUUGAACACCAAGGACCUUGGACUUGGUGGCCUCUCAACUAUUCUCAGGAGGGUUUUUGCAGCCUUGGAUUUUCAGGGGGAAGAGUUUGUGACCGGUGAAGAACUGUUUGAAGUUGUGGAAAAUAUGGGACAAGAUUUGUCUCUUCAAGAUUGCCAGAGUAUUAUUGCUUCUGUUGAUGGGGAUGGAGAUGGAGCUAUAAGUUAUGAGGACUUCAAGCUUAUUGUCAAAGCCCUCCUCUAGAAUUCUGUUCUGGUUUUCCAUAUCUAAUGGACAAAUACAACAGGCAUAAAGCAGUAGUACUAGUUUGUAACCCAUGCAUAAGCAUGGAUAUGUAUUUGUUUCAAAAAUAAGGAAUAAGAACAUAAAAUAAUGUUACUUCAGUUA